AGCGAGCGAGCGGCGGAAGCCCACCCGGGGAGCUCUGGCGCCCGGCUGCUUCCAUUCUGCUGCCUGGAAAGUUUGCCAGCGCCGGUUGGGUUCUCCCUGGGGUGUGUGGGGACUGUGCAUCCUCCCUAGUGUGGCAUCCGCCAUGUCUCAGAAGAGGCGGAAGCGGAAGCCGCCUGGCUCAACGGAGCCUGAAAACGACGUGGCGGAAGGCAGAGCUCCGGCAGGCAGCACCGGGACAGCGGCUGCGGCAGAAGCACUCUCUGCGUCUAAAAGGAAGAAGGUGGAAAAGGAGGCUGGAAACGGAGCAGCUGGGUCCUUGGCAGAGGCGGUGAGGCAGGGCCGCCUUAAAGUGGCCCCCUCCGUGGCAGAGUUCAAGUAUAACAAGAAGCGGGUCCGCCUGGUCUCGAAAGACUGCAAUCUCAAGGAAGGGCCCCGGAGCGUCUUGUACUGGAUGUCACGGGAUCAAAGAGUGCAAGAUAACUGGGCCUUCCUCUACGCCCAGCGCCUGGCCUUGAAGCAGAAGGUCCCGCUCCGCGUCUGCUUCUGCCUGGUGCCCAAGUUCCUGGAAGCCACCAUCCGCCAUUUUGGUUUCAUGCUCCGCGGCCUCAAGGAAGUGGCUGAGGAGUGCAGGGAGCUCAGCGUCCCCUUCCAUCUGCUCAUCGGCUUCGCCAAGGACACGCUGCCCCCCUUCGUGACGGAGCACGGCGUCGGCGGGGUGGUGACGGACUUCGCCCCCCUCCGCGUGCCCCUGCAGUGGGUGCAAGACGUCCGGGACAGGCUGCCCCUUGACGUGCCCUUCGUCCAGGUUGAUGCCCACAACCUGAUCCCUUGCUGGGUUGCCUCAGACAAGCAGGAGUACGGGGCAAGGACGAUUCGCCGGAAGAUUCACGACCGGCUUGCAGAAUUCCUUACCGAAUUUCCACCUGUCGUGAAGCACCCUUACCCCGCUGAGUUCCAGGCAGAGCCCAUCGACUGGGAGGCCUGCUACGCCAGCCUGGAGGUCGACCGCACGGUGGAGGAGGUGGAUUGGGCCCAGCCGGGCACGGCUGCCGGCCUGAGGAUGCUGGAGCAGUUCAUUCAGCAGCGGCUCAAGUUUUUCGGCACCGACAGGAACAACCCCAACCGGGCAGCUCUGAGCAACCUUUCGCCGUGGUUCCACUUCGGCCAGGUUUCUGUGCAGCGCGCCAUCUUGGAGGUGCGCAAGCAACGGGGCCGCUACAAAGAGUCAGUGGAGGGCUUCGUCGAGGAGGCCGUGGUGCGGAGGGAGCUGGCGGACAACUUCUGCUAUUACAACCCCAACUAUGACAAAGUUGAAGGUGCUUACGACUGGGCCAAGACGACCCUGAAGCUCCACGCCAAAGACAAGAGGCCGUAUCUGUACUCACUCAGGCAGCUAGAGGAAGGGAAGACGCAUGACCCUCUCUGGAACGCUGCGCAGCUGCAGAUGGUUCACGAAGGGAAGAUGCAUGGCUUCCUGCGAAUGUAUUGGGCCAAGAAGAUCCUGGAGUGGACCAGUUCACCAGAAGAGGCCCUACAAUUCUCCAUCUACCUUAACGACCGUUAUGAACUGGACGGCAGGGACCCCAAUGGAUAUGUGGGCUGCAUGUGGUCCAUUUGCGGGAUCCAUGACCAAGGGUGGGCUGAACGGGCUGUCUUUGGCAAGAUCCGCUACAUGAACUACGCCGGCUGCAAGCGGAAGUUUGACGUUGGCCAGUUCGAGCGCAAGUACAGCCCGUGCAAAUUCACCCAAUAGCCUCUGCAGGGCAGCGGUGAUGACAGAAACUGGAAACACCAAGGACAUUCUAGCUUUGCUGGCAAGUCAAGAUUUGCUUUUCCGUUCCUGAAGAGCAAGAAUAUAGCUGCUCUUGGCUGGAGCACAGGCCAUUUUCCUUGGGUGACCUCUAGAUCCAUCUGGAGUAGAAAAGAAUCCCUUCCUCCAAAAA